GUGCCGUACUCGUCUCUGCAUCGCCGCAUCCGUCCGAGCAUCGCAGGUAACGCCGCGCGACUCUACGUUCACCGCGGCGUGCGCGUUCCCUGCUUGUGAGUAUCCAACAUAGUACUGUAAACGCGCGCGCGGCUGUAGUGAGUAGUGGGAGUAGGCGCGCGAGCACGCAAGAAGAGAACCAUCAGCAGCGCGUCGCACCGCAACUUCAGUCUUCUGUGGUGUUUCGUACUGUGCGCAGCACAACACAGCUACCUAGGAGCGUUACCGCCGAGAGUAAACUUCGCGUAACUGCGUACUGCGUGCGGACGACGUCAACAGCCGAACCGGCGAAGCGCAACGCAGCCGUCACCGACAGUAAAACGUGUGCGAGUUGUAGUCGUCUCUCUGCCGUACGAAAAUUUCAACCUGCAAGUACGUUAAAGUACGAUAAACUUUGUCAUUGCGUCGUGCAUAACCUGCGUAUAUCGUAUAAGUGUGUUUCCAUGGUUACCGCGCUUGCUACAAACUUAAAAUUAAGUGACUAAGUGCUGGAAUCGAUAAAAUAAGAUACUGGAUUAUUGAAGGCAUAAUAGGGGAAACAAACCACCGACACAAGUGCGCGCGUAUUGAACUAACAAUUUGUGUGCGGCCGGCGAUGUCCUCCGUCUAGGACGCGCGCGCCAGCUGAGCUUUGUUUAUACGCGAUACCUGCCCGCAGAACGUGCCAGAAUAUGGGCGCCACCACGAAAGGACUUUUCGUCCUGCUGCUGCUGCUCGCCGUCAAUGCGCUGCACAUCAGCCGCGUGUCUGGCCUGGAAUUGAAGAACGGUGCCUACGAGGAAUUGGUGGUCACGGUGUCUGACUCCGUGCCUGUGACCAACUGCAAGGCAAUUUUGACUAAUCUGGAGGCAACCCUUACAAGUGCAUCCCAAUACCUGUUUUCCGCCCUGGAUGGCAGAGCGUUCUUACGCUCCGCAACUGUCGUCCUUCCGGCAUCGUGGCCCGACUCCUGCGUAUCGAAACCUGUUGUUUCCGGUUCCGGUGAGAUCUCCGACAUCAGCAUCCAGCCGACUGGGCCCGCACGUGGCCGACUCUACACGCAACAGUCUUCCGGCUGUGGACAGAAAGGAGAUCAGAUUUAUCUCGGCUAUGAGAGCUUGGAGCGCAGAGAUGACACCUUGGCUCGCUCCCUGAUCAAAGAGUUCGCGAUGUACCGCUACGGCGUGUUUGAGGAGCAGGGAUACUUUGACGAUCCGAUCUAUCCGAUGUGCUACCAUGACGACGUUUCGCAAUCGGUGAAAGUUACUGGAUGCUCAGACCUUCCCAUUUCCGACAAUGGAAUUUGCUUCGGAUCUACGUCUGAUUUCAACGUGACUAAAAUGGUCGACGAUAAAGCGCGCAGCUCAAUCAUGUUCGGCGCUGAGGCGCCAUCGGUAUCUAUGUUUUGCGACGAGGGCAAUCACGACCGCUACGCACCCACGAAGCAUAAUUCAAUUUGCGAACGGAAGAGUACUUUCGAAGUGAUCAUAAAGCAUCCGGAUUUUGCUACGAGCACCUUCGGUAGCAGCCACCAGAACAGUCAGAUUCAAAACACGACGCCGAGGAUUACGUUCAAGAAGCAAAAUACCACACGAUUCGUCAUCGUUGUCGAGAAUACAAAGGACAUGCUGAUCCGUGAGUCUUGGAAAUUCCUGCGGAUCUCCAUUCGCAAACUGGUGUUGUAUGAUCUGCCCGAGGAUGCAAAUGUUGAGGUUGGCAUGGUGGCCACCAACGAGACCGGCUCGGUAAAGCUGCUCAAUAUCGUAUCAAUGAAAGGACCUGGCAUCGACAACCGCGAUCAAUUGUCUUCGGCCGUGCCGUAUGCUCCCGGCGAUUCCUCACAAUCGCCGUGCUUGCAUUGUGCCCUCAAGGAGGCGAUCGAAAUGCUCAACGAACGGACCAAAGCAUCGGGCCCCGCUAAUAACGUCGUCAUUGUCAUCGCUCCCGGCAUGAACCGCAACGCCAACAUCGAAACGCUAAUGAAGGAAGCCCGGAAGUCCAAAGUCAAAAUGGCCACCAUCAACUACCCGGAGAUUACGCGCGUACAGAGCUUGGACAUUUUGGCCGAGGGUACCGGCGGCGAGGCCUAUACGGUUGCGGAAAAGAAAGUAAAUGUUGACACGAGCGUGCUGACCACCUACUUCCAACUGUCCAACGUCCUACACAACAUCGUGCAGAAGUAUUGCACCACCAGCAAUCUGCCGAUGGAGAUCCAUCGACGUGAAAUCCGCAACGAUGGCCGAAAUUCAAUUACCGGUAGCUUUAUGCUGGAUGCAAACAUGGGUGAACCAGCGCGUUUCAUGCUCUACACUCAUGACGUUGACACUCCGCUGAUCAAAUCCCUCACGCUCACCAGUCCCAGCCAGGAGGUGUUCACGCGCCGCAGUGAUAUCCUGGUGUCAGUAAAGAUCAUCAGCUUAACGACGAACAUCUCGGAGCCAGGCACCUGGACGUACACCAUUGAGCCUUUUGUUGGCAAUCCGCAGCCGCAUUUUCUGCAGGUGAUGGCCACUCCGAAAACUAAAUCCGCUCAAGUUGUGCGAGGUCGGUUCUGGAUCAAGCGCAGCUCGCCGAAUGCGCCGCUGACGCUCUACACCGAAGUCAAACGCGGGGAUUAUCCCGUAAUGGGAGCGAAAAUCGAAGUUUUAGUGACAAAAACCGAGAUCAACGGCACUGUAAUCUACAAGGAAACGCUCGAACUUUUGGACACUGGCAGCGGCGAUCCGGAUAUAACCAAAGGCGAUGGCGUCUAUUCAAGAUAUUAUAGCGCAGCCGCCAGCGGUCCCGGAACGUACACAUUCGAAGUUACAGCUUCCGACAACGGCAAUACUGCUUAUAGCUGGACGGACGCCGCGAGCAAAAACAGUGACACACAGUGCUGCGGUAGCCGCAUCCGCACUUCAAACGUCGAACCGAUAAAUCCAUUCCAGCGAGUCCUGCCCGCACGCACCGUUGAAAUCACCAGUGAUGAUAUCGAUAAUGAAUUGCCCGUUGGACGCAUUGGCGAUUUAAAGGUCGAUGUCAAACCUGAAGACAUGAAAGCUCUGCUUACUUGGACAUCUCCUGACAUGGGCGGUCAUAAUGUAGCACGUUAUGAAGUUAAAUAUGCGAGAAGCGUCCAGGAAAUUGUUGACAAAUAUGAUACGAAUACAACUCCAUGGGAAGGCCGUAAUAUUCCAUUCAUUCUUGCAACCGGGUCCGAAACCACGUUUACAAUUGACAUGUCACAGGAUCGUGAUCUUUUGGACAAACCCUUAUUCUUUGCGAUCAGGGCCUACGCCCAGAUCUCUUCCGAUUCGAAACCAGGUCCAGUUUCUAACUGGAUUCGAGUUUUGGUUCCGUCCCCACCUCCGCCACCCACGGUGGCUCCUACUUACACAACGAAUGAUUCCUCCUGGCCGUUCCUUGUAAAUCAAGCCGGCAGUGAUAAUUUGGGUCCCAGCGUUGCGAAAACAAUGAAUCUUGGUUUGGAAAUUAUUCUACCUGUGAUUAUUGGUAUCUUAUUCUUGAUUGUCCUCUUGACACUGUAUUGUUACUUCUGUGUGAUUAAGAGGCGCACAAAUGGCGGUCACAAGUCCAGUAAGGCAAACCAGAUCAAAACUGACAAAUUGAAUUCGACAAUUACGAUUGUCCCUUCGUCCCCAUUGAAUAUGCCGCAGAAUACCCAACAGGAUACUUACCAGGCCGACUAUCCAGCUCACCAUACUGUCGGUGUACCAGUCAGCAACUACGGAUAUGAAGAUGAACCCAAGAAACGGUAUUCACUGGUGCAUCAACAGGAACAACAGUUGAUCGAAGAACUAAAACAACAACAAAUGCAACACGAUCAAAUGAAUUCACCUAAUAAUAAUUAUGGCGCACUGAGUGUGAUUUCCAAUAAUACACUGCAACGCAAUGGUCAAACACUCAGUCCGUACAACUCCUGGAGCGCUAGCCAGUUGCUCCACGAACAUGAGCGCCGCCACAGCCCCAUGGAUGGAAACAUGAUGCAGGAUGAGCAAUUGCAGCAUCACGACGCCAUGUCCCAACUGGACCACAUGUCAAUCUCGGGGCAGAACCCGGAACAUAUGCAAGUUAUGGGCCAGGUACCCGAGCACUACGUGCAGGGACAAUUCCCUCCACCAGUGCCGCCACUACCUGCAUUCAACGCCAAUGGCUACCCGGUGAAUUACAACAUCUACGGCGUGCAUCAGCCCAUCCAGAGCCCCAACCAGCAAGGGGCGCAUCAGAUUUAUCAAUCAAUGCAACGGAAUGAAACGUUAGUGCCUUUCAAUCCAAGUUUACAGGGAUCUAUGAGUUCGGUAAAUAGCGGCGAGAAGAAGCGUAGGAACGUUACGAUGGUUUAACAUUACGUUUAUAUCGAUAAAAUAUGUACGAACAAGUACGAGACAUUUUCGACAUACGUGUAAUCAAUAUCUAUGAUGAUGAUUAUUAUUUUUUGUUUUUCGACGUUACAUACAUUUAUAACAUUUAUUUUCUUCAGUGGAAGUGACUCUUAAUUUCUCGUUCUCACAGAGUGUUGCAAUUUAUUGGGUGUAUCUGUAAAUUUAGACGUAGGGAGGCCUAGUCAUUAAAGAAUAGACAUUAAUUGCGCCAGUACUAUUAAAUUACUUACGAUAUAAGAAGAAGCCAAUCAUUUUUGUACUUUUUUUAUAUGCAUCGAGUUAUAAAUAUUGUAAGACUGAUCUCGCGUUAAUUUAAAAAACAAUUCAAAUUCUUAGGUGUGAGUGAUACCUACACAAAUAUAUAGAAUUAUAUACAAUAUCACUGCAGUAUAGAUGAUAGGUUGUAACAUAUAAGUAUUUUUCGUAAUAAUUUUCAAAUGAUAUUACUUUGUUUAUUCGAAUUCAUUUAUAAUUUGUAUAUAUUGCCUAUACUAAAAGAUAUUAAAUAAGAGUUAUAAAUCAA